AUGUUUUCGAAGUAUUCUGUUGUGACCUAUUUCUACCAGCAUGCACACUUGCUACCUUCCCAAUCCGCAUGGCUGAAACGGAACUAUGCGGUUGUUACCUACAGCGCCGCUGCGGCCAAUGUCAAUCACAACCCCAACAAAGUGAACGCAGUCAUGGAUGAGCAACAGGCGAACAAUGAUGUUGAGGGCGAUGACGAAGACCAAGCGGACGUAGCUGACGAAGAAAACGAUGACGACGCAGACGCACAGGAAGACAAUGAUGGAAAGCAAAACGAACCAGAUGAACCAGAGGAUGUGGACAACGGGCCUGAUUUGGAGGCGCUAAUUGCCGCACAUCUGGAGUCGGAUGGCAUGGCAUCGAAUGGCGUGAAGGCGGUCUCUGACUUUAUCCACAAGACGUAUAGUGAUGUGGACGUCGAUUACUUUGAGGGAGAUAGGUGGAAAACUAGAUUGCAGAAGCCGCAGGAUGUGGCAUUCAGCUCGCCUGUCAACAUAUUUUGGAAUGUGAAGACAAACAUGGGCGCUUUGAAGUUCCAGCUCCGACCGGACUACGCUAGAUAUCACUGUGCCAAUACAGUCUACCUGUCGCUUUUGGGUUUCUACGACAACACGAUCUGGCACCGCAUUAUUCCUCAAUUUAUGGGUCAAUUUGGAGACCCCACUGGUACCGGCGGAGGCUCUCCAGGCUACAGAUACUCGGGCGAGUUCAACAAGUCACCCGAAGCCAAGCACGACGGCCGAGGGGUUCUCUCCACAGCCAACGCAGGCCCAGGGACCGAUGGGAGUCAGGUGUUUGUACUAUUCGCGGAGGCCAGACAUCUGAAUGGGAAACAUACCGUGUUCGGGCGUAUGGUGAGCGGCGAUGAUACACUAGACAAGAUUGAGAAGGUCGGAUCACGCUCUGGCGCGCCUUCGAAAGAAGUGCUUCUCGAAAAGGCGUGGAUCAGUGUCGAGCUCCCGUACUAA